AUGUACAUGGUCGGGGAGAAGGCGAUCCUGAAGAUUGGGCUGGCGGCACCGAGCAACGACGCAAACACGGGGGACAUCGAGCAGCCGCUCCACAGCUUCGUGCAGAUGAGGGACGGCCUGAAGGACAUACAGGCCCAGGUCCGCAACUACGUGCUGGCAAUGGAGGGCCUCUUCGGAGCUGCGCACAACAUGACGUUCCUCUUCGCGCCUCUGUCGGGCGAAACUGCCAAGCAGUUGAAGCUCUCGUUGUGCCGUGUAGCGGUACAGGACGCGAUGAUCCGAGGGCUGACGGAGUACUUGGAGGCCCCCCUCAAGGCCGUGCUUGACUUUUGCGACGGCAUCGACCUGCUGGCGAAACGACGGGGUCAGCUGCUGCUCGACUACGGCCACCACAAGCGAAAACACGAAGCGGUGGAGGCGCGGCGAGAGUCGGGGAAGGGGGGGGACAUGGAGGAGGAGGUGAAGGCGAGGUCGACGAAGCUGAAUGCUUCUAUCGACAACCUCAAGGACUGCACCACGCAGAUACUGGCACAGGUCGCCGCGCUCUCGAAGGCCUCGCUGUCGGCCUUCGAGACGGAUUUCGUUGAGAGCACGGACAUGCGGGACUACGUGAUGAACCUGCAGAGCACGACGACGACGCUGGAGAACAGCAUGCCGCUGCCCCCGUUGGGGGAGCACGUCGCCUUCCUGCGAAACGCACUCAUACACGACGUGCACGAGGUGGCGACCCUGCUGAAGAUGUACUUCCGCGAGCUACCAGAGCCCGUGGUGCCCACUGCCUUCUACUACCCCAUGCUGGAGGCCAGCGUUAAGGACUUGACGGAGUUCGUGGAGACGGUGAGGGUCUUGGUCGCCCAGCUCCCGGAGAUCAACCGCACGUGCGUCCGGCUCCUCUUCGCCUUCCUUCUCCGGGUUAGCCUGCUCUCGGCGGAGAACCUAAUGACCACGGAGAACCUCGGGAUCGUCUUCGCGCCGAACCUGCUAAGAGCGCCCAACGCUACCGAGAUGAACGUGAUGGAUUUGCAGAGAGCCGUCGUUCGAUUGGACCGUAAGGACAACCACAACACUAGACUACAUUCGGGGCUUACGUUGAGAGAAGGCUUGCUGUUACUGUUGAGAAGAGGCGUGUCGCCUCGACUGGACCGGGCGGGGCGGGGCGGGGCGAGGCCGGCGGUGUUUUGCUUGCCCCCAGCAGGAAGCUGGCCGUGAUGCUGAAACAUGGGGGCAACGGAUUUCCCCUACCUUUUUCUCCGCGCGUCAUCUGCCAGGACCCGAUGAUACAGUACUAUGUUCUCGUCUGCCUUGCCCCGAGUUUUUUGCGCGGGGAGGGGGGGGGAGGCGAGCGCGUAUACCGUCGAUAGUGGUCAGAAUUUUAGCCCCAUUUAGUUUUUUGGGUCCUGUCGUAUGUUGUUGUUGCACCGCGUGAUGGGGUCGCGGGGUUCGUCCCAUUUACCUGGUAGCUAAUUUUUUACGUUCCGUGGUCGUUCCAUUCCGUUCCGUGGUUUUUAUUAAUGUGCCAGGUCUGGCGGUAUGUCGUGUUGUUGAUGGUGGUGGGUGGUGGUGGUGGUUAGGGCUUGUGGUCAAGACCGAUACUGUACACGGUCAAGGUGCCGACAAAGAAAAAAAAAAAAUGCGGGUAGACGACACCGCGGUAUGUAGCAGCUGCACCCUGGCCAUAUGCAAACGUUUUGUAUGUGAUGUGGAAUUAUUUUCUCGCCGUAGUCUGUUCAUUUCCUGUGUCUUUCGUUGCUCGGUGACCGUACGUUAAAGUAGGAGUCCGGGGAGAACGCAUUUACCCGUGCUUUGUUUUGUAAUAUUUUUUCCUCCGAUUUUCUUUUGUUUUUUUGUGUUCACCCGUGUGAGACCCGCAGCGUGAUGUCACUGGCCCCCGUGCGAAACACUCGAUCGAUGAAACAUGUAGCUGUCGCCUGAAAAAAAAAAGAAAGAAAUCUUCACGC